UUUAUAAUUAUUUAAUCACUCAAGAAGAAAACGGGACCCUUAGAACACGUUCAUAACCUUUUAUCAAAUUUCUGAAAAACAAUCAACCAAAAAACAUCGUGAGGACAACAUGUUGCCAACGAUACUGGGAAUACUUUUCUCUCUUCUUAUAGUGGCGUUACUUGCAUACUGUUUGCUUAUAGCAACCCUUUUUGUCGCACGAGUGUUGACAGAACCUACCAAUGUUCUAUGCAAGUGCACAGCAAGACUCGAUGGGAAACUCGUCAUUGUGACCGGUGGAAAUUCGGGAAUAGGCUUCCAAACAGCAAAAGACCUGGCGAACCGAGGUGCCAAAGUCAUCAUUGCUGACGUGAAUAACUCUGAUGCAUCCGUGAAAAAUAUUAUAGAAGCCACAGGCAAUGAGAAAGUGGAAUAUCGACACUUGGACCUCGCUGACUUCAAAAGCGUCAGAACAUUCGCUGAGGAUAUAAACAAAACGGUAGAUCGUUUGGAUAUUUUAGUGAACAACGCUGGUAUUUUGACUGAGAAUAACUAUAUAACUAAAGACGGUGCAGCAAUAACUAUGCAAGUGAAUUAUCUUGGACCGUUUCUGUUAACCAGUCUCCUUAUGGACAAGUUGACAAGCACGAAAAGUCGCAUAGUGAUAGUUGCGUCUGAAGUAGGUACACUUUAAAGGAGACGUUGAUCUACAGGAUAUAAGUGGAGUCAAAACUAAGAAUUUUCUUAAGAGCUAUCUAAAUAGCAAAUUGUGUACUGUACUAUGGACGAAGGGUCUAUCGAAAAGAUUGCCUGCGAACGUCUCAGUAUUUUGUUUGCAUCCAGGGAUUGUGAGCACGAAUAUCUUCGCGUUAGGAUAUGGUUUUAUUGGAAGAUUCGCGAAGAUGUUGAUUGGUUGGUUGAUAAAAACACCGUAUGAAGGUGCUCAAACGACAAUUCAUGCAUGUGUUGCUCCUAAUGUUGAAAAUAUGUUGGGAGGUUACUUUGUAAACUGUAAAUUGACACCAACAGGGAAGGUUAAAAAUGAAGAGAAUUUGAUUGAGGAAUUGUGGAAUGAAACGAUAUUGUUUUUAAAGGAACGUGUGAAGUAGCUAUAAGUUUAUGUGUACAUUUUAGUUGUAUAAUAUGUAUAAUAUCUGUUAUCAAUGUAUCAAUUGUGAUCUUUUUCUAUUUUUAUGCAAUAUAACUUAUGCAAUAUUAGUUAGGUAAGUUUAUAUUUAUUCGACUUAAAAAAAAUGCAGAAUUCUAAUGCAUUGUUUUCAAUUUUACUGAGUUAACCAUUGAACGAGAAUUUAAUCGAACUCUUUUUAGGGCAACAAGCUAAACAAGUAGUAUUUGUAUUAUUCAUAAUAUAAUAUUGUGUUAAUUAUACGUUAAUAAGCAAAACUUUA